GCCUCGUCUCUCAUUUUAGUCGAAGAGACGACGGCGAGCGGUCGACCAGCAAACCGAACGACGGCGACAUAAAAGUAGCGGCUAUUGUUCAGAGUAGAUCUCUAAUUAUAUAACUGGACUACUUUUUUUAAACCUCCGUUGUUGGGAUUUUUUUGUAACUCGAACUGAAAAACCUCCCUUUUCUCGCUCUCAAGUCAAAAUGGAGAACGGCGACAAAAAAUCUUCCCUCUCCGAGCUGCUGCUGGAAAAGAGCAGCCUGGACUCGUCGUUCACACACGCCACCAAACUUUUAAACGCAGAAGUCGAAAGGAUCCAAAAAGGUGAACCCAAGAAGGACGAGCCUGACACGUACCUGGAUCUUUUUACACAACAUAACAUCAAACUCAAGGAGCGGAUCCUCAUACCUGUCAAACAAUACCCCAGGUUCAACUUUGUGGGAAAGAUUCUGGGACCCCAAGGCAACACCAUCAAACGUCUGCAGGAGGAGACCGGAGCGAAGAUCUCUGUGCUGGGCAAGGGCUCAAUGAGAGACAAAACUAAGGAGGAGGAGCUAAGAUCCGGAGGUGAGCCAAAAUAUGCCCACCUGUCCAUGGAGCUGCAUGUCUUCAUGGAGGUGUUUGCCCCUGUCCCCGACGCCUACCUGCGCAUGGCCCACGCCAUGGAAGAAGUCAAGAAAUUCCUGAUUCCUGAUGUGACCGACGAUAUCUGCCAAGAGCAGUUCAUGGAAAUGGGCUACCUGAACGGAGGCCAGGAACAUGGAGGCAGAGGAAGAGGAGUCCGGGGACGUGGCGGCCCCCCAGGAAUGCACAGGGGGAGGGGAAUGCCAACUCGUGGCGCCUCUGCUCGGGGAGCUAGAGGUGGCGCAGUAAGAGGCGCCCCGUCAGGACGAGGAGGGCCUGCCGCUGCAUCUGGCAGGGGAGCUGCGGCAUCCCGUGCCAGGCCACCAGCUGCUGGGCCCCCCCAAAGGAUGUCAUCCCACCAGCAAACUCCCGCUGCAGCUGCCGAGAGCUAUGAUGGAUAUGGCUACAACGAGAACUACGAUUCUGCGACCUACGACUCAUAUGGCAACUAUUACAGUCAGCAGCAGGCAGAACCACAAUACUACGACUAUGGACACGGAGAGUCUGCGGAGUCCUAUGAAUCUUACGCCCAGGAUGAUUGGAACGGGACCCAGAGAUCAGCUCCAAACAAAGCCCCGCCUGCCUCCAGAGGUGCCAAGACGCCAUACAGGGAGCACCCAUACCGAGCAUACUGAAGUGGCCCCGCCCUCCCCUUUACAGUGUUACCUGUCGACAACGGCAGCUGUCGCUUUAAGCAGCCUGACACAAGUAAUUGUCCGUUUUGGCUUUGGUUUCUUUUUCAGUUUUAUUUGUUUUUCUGACAUUGGACUUUCUUACAAGAUCGGGGACUGAAAUUCUGUUUGUGAUUUGACCACACCUGACCCACAUUCCCCUCUAACACAACAAAUCAACCAAAGUGGCUGUUAGGAAGUUUUUAUUUUUCUUGUAUUCUUUUCUCUGACCAGUCCCUCUGGCAUUAUUGGCAUUUUUUUUUUAAAGACUGUUUUGUAAUAGUAAUAACUUCAAGUUUAACUAGUGGCUCGUACUCCACCUGUCUUAAAGUAUCCAUUUUAAUUGUUUUUUUUAAAUAAUCUGUCAUGGUUCAGUUGCAGACUCCCAUUUAGGCUACAUUUCAAAAUUCUGUUAAUAUAGUCAAAUAAAAGACCUUUUUAAACUUGUAAUAUAGAAACCAAAAAACAUUUAAAAUCAAGUGAACAAUAAAGUUAAUGGAAUACAUUCUUUGUGAUGCUUUGUUUUAAAUAACUCUAAAACACCCAUGUAGGUUUAGGCAGCAUUAUUUGUCAUUGUUGUACAUUUAGAGUUUUGAAAUAUAGCCCUAAUAAGACACUGUUGAGAUGGACUGUCCUCAUAUCCUCAAUUUGACCUUCAUGUAAAACCAAAACAAGUAAAUUGUGUUUAAAGCAAUGGCCUUAUGUUAUGCUUUAGAAAAGCACUUCAGGUCUUUAAUGUUGUGAUCUGAUUGUCAAUAAACUUGCAUGCACACAAACCACAAGAAGGAUCGGGACACAAAUCUCCACAUGGGUCGUCUCUUUUAAUAGAGAAGGGAUCCUGCAGCUCAAUCCCAACUCUUGUACAUAUUUUAAAAGCUCCUAACUGUACUUAUUCCUCACACUAGUCUCUGUACCCUCUCCAUAAAAUGCAGUAUGCUACAUGUGUAAGCUUGCCUAAAUAGGUUACUAAAUCUGUUCAAAAGAUGUUUUGCAGCAGUUUGUCAAUAAAGCUUAGUGGUUUUUUAAAUGAAA